AUGGACGAGCGGCUGCUGGGGCCGCCCCCUCCAGGCGGGGGCCGGGGGGGCCUGGGGCUGGUGGGUGGGGAGCCUGGGGGCCCUGGCGAGCCUCCGGGUGGCGGAGACCCCGGUGGGGGUGGCGGGGGGGUCCCGGGAGGCCGAGGGAAGCAAGACAUCGGGGACAUUCUGCAGCAGAUCAUGACCAUCACGGACCAGAGCCUGGACGAGGCCCAGGCCAAGAAACACGCCCUGAACUGCCACCGCAUGAAGCCAGCGCUCUUCAGCGUCCUGUGUGAGAUCAAGGAGAAGACCGGCCUCAGCAUCCGGGGCUCCCAGGAGGAGGAGCCCGUGGACCCCCAGCUUAUGCGCCUGGACAACAUGCUUCUGGCAGAAGGUGUGGCUGGGCCUGAGAAAGGGGGGGGCUCAGCGGCAGCAGCUGCAGCCGCAGCAGCUUCCGGGGGCGGCGUGUCCCCUGACAACUCCAUCGAACACUCGGACUAUCGCAGCAAACUGGCCCAGAUCCGCCACAUCUACCACUCGGAGCUGGAGAAGUACGAGCAGGCAUGUAACGAGUUCACGACCCACGUCAUGAACCUGCUGAGGGAGCAGAGCCGCACGCGGCCCGUGGCACCCAAGGAGAUGGAGCGGAUGGUGAGCAUCAUCCACCGCAAGUUCAGCGCCAUCCAGAUGCAGCUCAAGCAGAGCACCUGCGAGGCCGUCAUGAUCCUGCGCUCCCGGUUCCUGGACGCCAGACGGAAACGCCGGAACUUCAGCAAACAGGCCACCGAGGUCCUAAACGAGUAUUUCUAUUCCCACCUGAGUAACCCGUAUCCCAGCGAGGAGGCCAAGGAGGAGCUCGCCAAGAAGUGCGGCAUCACCGUCUCCCAGGUCUCCAACUGGUUUGGCAACAAGCGGAUUCGCUAUAAGAAAAAUAUCGGAAAGUUUCAAGAGGAGGCAAACAUCUACGCCGUCAAGACCGCCGUGUCCGUCACCCAGGGGGGCCACAGCCGCACCAGCUCCCCGACACCCCCUUCCUCCGCAGGCUCUGGCGGCUCUUUCAAUCUCUCAGGAUCCGGAGACAUGUUUCUGGGGAUGCCCGGGCUCAACGGAGACUCCUACUCUGCCUCCCAGGUGGAAUCCCUCCGACACUCGAUGGGCCCCGGCGGCUACGGCGAUAACCUCGGCGCAGGCCAGAUGUACAGCCCUCGGGAAAUGAGGGCAAACGGCGGCUGGCAGGAGGCUGUGACCCCGUCCUCAGUGACGUCCCCAACAGAGGGACCAGGGAGCGUUCAUUCUGACACUUCCAACUGAUUCCCCCUCGGGGCCACGGGCUGGGGGCUCACGAGGUGACGACUGAGGACAAAGGCAUCCGGAGGACAAGCCCCAGACACAGGAGAAGCACAAGAUGGAGAAGGGCAAAUGGGGUUGCCCUACCCCAGCCGACUCGGUGCUGGGGCUGCUGACUACAUGGCAAGGAGAAGGGGGUCCCCUAAGGGGAAGGCGGGGUCUGUUUUCCCUUCUUUUCAAUCUUUUUCUCUCCCCAUUUCUUACACAGAAACACACCCAGAAUCCUGUCUUUCAGAUCCUCUCUCUCUCUCUCACAGACACAUACACAACUAUUGUUUCUCUCACAGACACACAUAUGACUAUUCUGUUUCUCGGUCAUACAAACAUACACAACUAUUCUCUCUCUCUCUGUUCACCCAUUCUCCCUCCCCCACUCCUUAUCUGCUCUGGGAUCUGUGGAGACGCCAGCCUUGCCCUACCUACCAGAGAUGCCAAAAAUGGGGACACAACUUCUGGACCGAUGACCUGGCCACGCCCCGGGCCUCCCACCCCUCCCCCUCCAGACGGCUUUAUUACCUCAUAUGCAGCUCAUCUUAAACCAAUAGAAUUGCUCGGUGAACGAGAGUGUCUGACUCAGAUAUCUACCUCGGAGGGAGUUUCUGCUACUUUAGGGAAUUGGGAAUUGUUAACUGGGUUUGGGGGUUGAACCUUUUUUUUUUUUU